GAGCAGCUUUAAUAAUUAACAGUGUGCUAGUGAAAAUGAAGGAGUUGACAGUAAUAUUAGUCACGGCGUUAGCCGCGGGAAGUUUAGGGUUCCUUAUAAAGGUUCCGGAUAUACAACAACCAACAACAAGAAUCAGUUCUAUGGGAUGGAUUCAUAUGCAAAAGUUAUUACUGCCAUUAUUUGACAAUGUUUGUGAAGAAAGUAUCGACCCAACCAUAGUCCGCUUGGCUCAGGAGUUUACUUUAGAUUCAAUUGCUGAUAAAUAUACGGAUCCUGAAAUGGUCAAUAAUCUGAAAAAACUUUAUGGUGUUAACGGCCAGCUGCAAAAAGGAGUAAUAUUUACAGAACUGAAUCAAGAUCACAUGUAUGAGUUCCAGUUACUUUACGAUGUUCUGUACAACGCCCAAACUUUCGACACUUUUUAUAAGACAGCGGCAUGGGCCCGCCAAAACGUGAACUGUGGACUCUUUGUAAAUGCUAUAUACUUAGCAAUUUUGAAAAGACGUGACACAGAAAAAAUAACAGUCCCUGCUCCAUAUGAAUUGUUGCCACACUACUUUAUCCGUCAAGAUAUUAUUAUCAAAGCGUCAUCUCUAUUGGCUGGUGGAGAUGUAGCAGUUACAGAGAGCAUUGUUAAUGAAGGGAACUCGUAUAUAUUAGAUGCUAAUUAUACAUGUAACAUUGAUGCUAGUGAUGAAUCUAAACUAGCGUAUUUCCAUGAAGAUGUCGGAUUGAAUACAUAUUAUUUCUUGAAAAAACUUCAAUACGCUCCUUGGUUUAACACUGAAGAUGUGAAUAGUAACCAUGCAGAGUACUUGUACCAUUUUCUCAAACAAUUAAACGCUCGUUAUAAUUUAGAGCGGUAUUCAAAUGGACUGACGCUACUUGAGAAGUUUGAUUGGAAAACAACCAAUGUUGAUUCUUAUGAUCCGAUGCUUGUGUUUUCUAAUGGACAAGGAUUUACCCCGAGACUUAGUGGUUUAGAAAUUACAGGCCUAAAUACAUUACAAAACAUCGAAGACAACAUAAUGAAAAUUAUUCCAACGCUGGUUCAAAAUGGAUAUACUAAAUCACAAAUUAUCAGCAACCUGAUGAACCUUCUGAUGACCAAUGUAGAAAACUACGAAUUGGAUGCUCGCAGAAUCUUUGGAGGUGUUGCGAUUGAAAAUAGGUAUCGAUCUGUGUUGGCGCACUAUAUGACGUCGCUGCGGGACCCAGUAUCUUGGAAGAUAAACCAAAAAAUUGUGGAUAUGGUAGAUGAAGCUCUUAAGUCCCUUCCUGGGUACACAAGGAAUGAGUUAUACUUCCCUGGAGUACAAGUUGUAAAUGUAGAAGUCAAAAAACUUUCAACAAUGUUUGAACCAUUUAAGUUUGAGGUAACAGAUGCCUUAAGAAUAUCGACAGAUCGUCCAAUUUUCGACGUCAGUGUAGUUGAAAGCAGAUUGAAUCAUAAACCAUUUACUCUUAAACUCAACAUCUCUUCAUUAGUGAGUCAGAAAGGAUUAGUCAAGAUUUAUUUGGGACCAAAAAUUUUACCCGGUGAAUUUGCUAUGAAGAAAGAUUUAUACAUGUUACUGGAUAACUUUGAAUGUAAUUUAAAGAUUGGAAGUAACGUGAUAUCUCGAACAUCUAAUGCAAUCGAGAGAACAUCUGAAGAUUUCGUUUCGCUGAAAGUCCUUCGCAAAUUAGUAGAAGACGCAGAAUUUGGGUUAGAUGUUCAACCAUUAAACUCUCUUGAGAAUUUAUCCGGUUUCCCAUCACGUCUAUUACUUCCGAAAGGUACUCCAGAAGGUCUACCAAUGCAAUUACUUGUCUUCGUAGCACCCUUUAUAAAAGUAACAGCUGCAGGAAUAAACGUUAUGCCAAAAACAGAAUAUAAUUCUGCAAUCUUAUCUCCUGGGUAUCCAUUUGAUUUAGACUUCGAUGAUAAACAAUUCUUUUCAUUACCAAAUGUGUUAGUAAAAGAUAUCAUUAUAACACACAAAGAUAGUAGUGGAGCAAAGAAAGGCGAAUAUGACGGGUCAAAGAAAUGGGAUGGAAGUGAUAAAACAAAUACAUACGGUCCAAAAAGAGAACCCUAUGAUUAUAAUUUAAAAAAGACUCAAUAUGGUAAACCCCAAGAUUAUGAAGCGAAAAAAGAUGACCGUGCUACUAGUGCUCCAAAAGUAAAUGAUGAAGUUAUUACUGAAAGUAUUCAAGUAACAAAAGAUGAUGAGCAUAAUAACCUUAACCCAGAAAUAGAAGAGAGUUCAUAUUUUUCAGACAAGGAACCUUAUGCUCUACGUUUAGUGAAUAGGCCAUAUGAAAAGUAUGAUUACGAGGCUAGGAAACAAAAGUAUAAUUACGAAGAAAAAAAAAACAAGUAUAAUACUCGUAAUGAAGCCAGAAGAACCAAGUACUAUAACAAGUAUGUAAUUGAAAACAAAACUCCAAAACCAGAAAAUGAUAUAUUGGAAGAUAAAAUCAACAUAAACGAUGAUGAACGAUAUAAUAUUGACGAUAAGAAAUCCAUGAUGAAAUUGCAUCCAAAAACGACCUUGGUUAAUAACAUAGAAGACACGAACCUGAAGGUCAUACCCAUGUAUGAAGCUGCUACUACAUCUGAGCUUUCCCCUGUCAUUGCGAUACUCCAGCGCGAUGAUUACAUCUAUGAGUAA